CACCGAGAUCCGGAAAGCAGGGGAACUGAGAAGCCCAUUUGGAUCCCGGAGCGCUGCACCAGACCGGUGAAUGAAAAUUCAAGACAAAAUGAAGUUCCCAAGAUGGCUGAUCCUGCUGCUGUUGUUCUCACCCCUUCAAGUGAGUGCCGAGACACACCUCAUGAGCUGGACCCCUCUUGUGGCAUUCCUUCUGGACAGGUUUGCUGAAGGAGGGCUUGACCCCCCACCUGGGAAUAUUCAUGAAUAUCUUUUUGGAGCCCCUUGUGAGUGUAAGGGAGGGCCCCGGCACUCGGCCCCCUCUGGUUAUAUCCAGAGCAUUGAUUGUGGGACUAAAGUAGCCUACAUGGCGGCUGAACUCAAUGAAAACAUCGGAGGAUUUAAGCAACCAAAAUGGGUAUGUGUUAAUAAGCCCGGACUUGUUGUCCCUAAUCCGACUGAGACUCUUGGAAGCUGUCCCGCCACUUGUCAUUACACCCCGGCAAUGCACAUCUCCUGUUAUACAUCGGCCUCAAUUUGUGUUAAUAAUCAAGGAAAACAGUAUUUUGAGGCCAUCCUAACUAACACCCGUGGAGAAUGGGGGACCACUUAUAAUUAUAUUCCUUUUCUUGGUGACCGGGGAGGGGAAGGCAUCACGACUCGGUUAACGGAGGCGGGAUGUGAGGGCGUCGUGGGUAAACCCUCCUGCUGGCCCAUGCAGGCCCCUAUCGGAAUCUCUGACAGAGGGGGACCCACUGAUGCUAUCAAACACCUUCAGGUGAUUAAGCUUUUAAAGCCAGAGAUCCCUAAGCCUACAUACCACCCCUUGAUAUUGCCCAAAUCCCAGUUUCCUGAUUUAGAUGCCAAUACAUUAGAUAUCCUAGAAACUACCUUUUCUUUACUUAACAGUUCCAAUCCUACAUCAUCCUAGAUGAUAUGCAAACCCUAUCGGGAACCAUUAAAGACUUACAAGACCAGAUAGACUCCCUAGCAGAAGUAGUUCUUCAGAACAGGCGGGGUUUAGACUUGCUUACUGCCAAUCAAGGGGGAAUUUGUUU